UGGGAAGCAGGCAGAGCUAAGGGUGCGAAUCGAAAUGACUUGCCCAAGAGUGAACAGCUCUUACUUAACAGUGAUUGCUCAUCCAACUCCACACACAGCAGGCCUCUUUAAAGGUUGUGGGCCCUAAGAGUAUUUUCCUCCCACUUUGACUAUGUCCCGCUACAGCAACAAAACUCAUGAACCUGUUGUAUGGCCUUUUUCUUCUUCAUAUUCCACAUGGCCAGGGACCAGGGACCAUUGCCCUUCUUAAAAGGAGGAAGUGGUCAAUGUACCAAAAGCCUCUAUGAAGAGAAUGGGGCUAGGGUGAAGUGUAAGGUCCUGGCAUGACUGAAGGGAGCAUUCUGGAGGCAGGACUGGCACUUAACAUGUCUGGCUUCAAAGACAACCCAGGGUGGUGGAGCAGCCUGACAGAUGCCUAUUAGGUCUCACCAAGGUGAGUCCACAGUACACCAGAGGAAGCCAUGGAGAUAGGAGGGGUGUCUACUCUGGCUGAAUAUUCAUGGUGGAGCCAACAUUCUCCUUAGAAGACCCUAGGCUAUAACUUAGCCUACCUCAUAACUCUGAUGAAAAGUACAAAUGUAAAUCCCAAAAUAAUUUAUCUUCUGUGGCUCAUGUGGCAUCCCAGGAAGCUUUUUCUUAAGGAGGGCCAUGAACAAAUCUCCUAUCUCUGCCUCCCAAGUAGCUAGGAUUACAAGCUUUAGUCACCUACCUAGCCGGCCAAGGCAGAUUUUGGCAGUUUCUUUCUCAUUGCUAUAGUCUAAGUUACCUUGCACAUCAUGACAUUCAAUAAAUAUUAAUUGAAUGAGCAAGUCCCUUUUAUUACAUUUAGGGGGGAAAAAAAGGCACCCACUACAAAAUGUACCAAAGGUUUUCAGUACCUCGAAAGGCCUCGGUUACCGGAUGCUGUCACAAUCAGUGAUGUCAUUAUUGGAAAAAUUCCCCUGCUCACUUCUGAUAUAGGCCUUUCAGGCCUUGAAGCCAGCGGGACUGAGGAACUUUCUGGGAGCAGUAUGGCUCUUGAAAGUAUAUGGGCUCCACAGACAGUAAGCAUAGGGGAUGGACCUGCCAAGAAAGUGGGUGAUCAGGCCUCCUUGCAGACACAGCUCCUCCAGACUGCAUCUGUGAAAGACGGCCCUGCCAAGCGGGCAGUGUGGGUUCGCCGAGGCAGCUCUGAGUCACAAGAAGCUAUGCAAUCUACGUCCAAGGACAAGGCCAAGGUAGAGGUGACCAAAGCGGUGGUAGUGGACCUCGGCACUGGCUAUUGUAAAUGCGGCUUUGCUGGCCUGCCCAAGCCCACUCACAAGAUCUCAACAAUGGUGGGCAAGCCCUACAUGGAGACUGCCAAGACUGGGGAUAAUCGCAAGGAGACGUUUGUGGGGCAGGAGCUCCUCAAUCCAGAGGUUCGUCUCAAGCUGGUUAACCCUCUGAGACAUGGCAUCAUUGUGGACUGGGAUACAGUGCAGGACAUCUGGGAAUAUCUCUUCCAACAAGAGAUGAAGAUCGCCUCAGAAGAGCACGCAGUCUUGGUUUCAGACCCUCCUUUGAGUCCCCACACCAACCGAGAGAAAUACGCUGAGAUGCUGUUUGAAACUUUUAACACGCCUGCAAUGCACAUUGCCUACCAGUCCCGCCUGUCCAUGUACUCCUAUGGGAGAACCUCAGGCCUGGUGGUGGAGGUUGGCCACGGUGUGUCCUAUGUAGUCCCCAUCUAUGAGGGCUACCCUUUGCCCAGCAUCACCGGAAGGCUGGAUUACGCAGGCUAUGACCUGACAGCCUACCUCAUGAGCCUGAUGAAUGACACAGGAAAACAGUUCACUGACAACCAGAUAAGCAUUGUGGAGGACAUUAAGAAGAAUUGCUGCUUUGUGGCCCUAGACCCCAUUGAAGAGAAGAAGGUACCACCCACUGAUCAUGAGAUUCAGUAUACUCUGCCUGAUGGGAAAGAGAUCCACCUGGGCCAAGAGAGGUUCCUCUGCUCAGAGAUGUUCUUCAAGCCAUCUCUGAUCAAGUCUAUGCAGCUGGGGCUCCACACCCAGACUGUGUCCUGCCUGAACAAGUGUGACAUCGCCCUAAAACGAGACCUCAUGGGGAACAUCCUGCUCUGUGGGGGCAGCACUAUGCUCAGUGGUUUCCCUAACCGUUUGCAGAAGGAGCUGAGCAGCAUGUGUCCCAAUGACAACCCACAGGUAAACGUGUUGCCGGAGAGAGACACUGCAGUGUGGACCGGGGGAUCUAUCCUGGCCUCACUUCAGGGUUUCCAACCACUGUGGGUCCACCGCUUUGAGUAUGAGGAACACGGGCCUUUCUUCCUUUACAGAAGGUGCUUCUGAACUGAAAAGACAGGGUCACUGUGGCAGCAGUGUGCCAGCUUUGCUGGGAGAGCACCCAUUCUACACACAGACUUUCCUAUAGCAUUAAACACCCCUCAUGUUCCCUCCUUAGUGUGUCUAUUUCCUGACUUAUGCAGACUC